AUGUCGCUGUGGAUCGAUGAGGCGCAGGUGAAGCAGUUCUUCAACGGCUUUCCCAUGAACAUAUACGUCAUCAUGGAUGGCGUUGUGCUUCACCAGCUGCUCGACCCCAACUUUGAGAAGAACCUGCCGGUGAUUCCCUCCGAGGUGACUGCAGUCAACUUUACCUGGAAAGCGGGCGAGAAUCGCAACUACACCUACAUGUUCUACGAGUUGCAGUCCUACAACAAGGACAUUCUCAACUCUCCCAUCAUCUCCAUCUCGCCCAGUGGUCACGUUCCGCGGAAGCCUACUGAAUUCGAGGUGCUAAUUCCCUGUGUCGGCAACACCUCUGGCGUGGCCACCUUCACGCUGGGCCUACGCAUCGUCAAUGAGGAUGUAAAUCAGAAUCUGGCGACGAUUCGGCUGAAGCUGCAGAAGCAGUGCUCCUACCGAGGCCCCGAUCCUGAGUGCGACAAAAAGUGCGGCAAUGGUAAAUGUAACCAGGACACGUUUCAGUGUGUCUGUGCCACAGGCUUUCUCGGCAAGUACUGCGAAUCGGCCCUGUGCUAUCCUCAGUGCAUGAACGGCGGCACCUGUGUUGCACCAGGAAAGUGCAUGUGUUCGCAUGGCUUCCAGGGACUGCACUGCGAGGGAGGAAUCUGUGCUGAAAAGUGCCUCAACGGAGGCAGAUGUAUCCAGAAGGACAAAUGCCGCUGUGGAAGAGGCUACUACGGGCCUAGAUGUCAAUACUCAAAGUGUCAUAUACCGUGUCUGAACGGCGGCAAGUGCGUCGGCGUGAAUCGAUGUCGCUGCAAGAAGGCCUUCAGUGGAAACCAGUGCCAAAGUCCUCGAAAGGUGUCCAGGCGAGGCGGCAAAUACAGCGGACACGGGGCAGGGGUGUCAAAGAAGAAAUCACGUCGAAAAUUUGUUUAG